CAUAUUAAAUGCAGAUAAAAUUUUCAUGAAUCGCCGAGUCACAUGACUGUGCAGUAAAGAACUGCUUAUGAACAUGCAAAAAUGGUUGAGAAGGUUGCAGUUUUGGUAACAAGUGGUUCGAAAGUCCUCCGUGUAAAUGGGAAGCAUCGACAUUAUUUUUUGCGCAGGAAAUCGAAUUCUGAUUCAAGAAUAGUGUUAGUUCGCUAUUGAUCCGAAAAGUCCGCGGUAUGCUGCAUUCAACAAGCACACAUUACUCGAUAUUGACGCACAAAACGUCAUGCGAACUGUUGGAAUUUGUGUUUUCGGUGUAUUUAGAUGAAUAAAUGUGAAAUGGAACAUGAUGAUUCUCAAAAUAUUCUUGUAUGGAAAUUCAGUUCUUUAAUUUUCUGCGAGAUUUCAUUUCGAGUUUUGGCAUCGUCAUCCUCUGGCGGACCACUUUAAAUUGUAAUGUAACAAUUCACAUUGUAUAGCACAAACAGAAAAUAAAACUAGCUGAUUAUGUCCUUUUAUACGAAAUUACUAAAAUCAUCGUAUAAAAACAAGGAGGGAUUUUUCGGUUUCGAUCAGGAUUUAUUUCAGGUAUGGAAUAUAACAUCCCAGUAAGGAAAUCAUGGGGAAGAAAAUUCAAUGUUUGGGGCGGUACGUCAUGGACUGCCAGACUCUGGGCAAAGGCAGCUUCGCACGUGUAGAGCUCGCGACCCACAGUGUAACAGGAUGCAAGGUGGCAAUUAAGAUAAUUGAUACCCGUAAAAUUAAGGAAGAAUACUCUCGACAGAAUCUACACAGGGAAGCCAGAAUUUUAGCUCAGCUUCGCCACCCGAAUAUCAUCCGACUUUACGAAACGUUAAAGGCCACCACUCUGUACUGUUUGGUUCUGGAGUGUGCCUUGGGUGGAGAUUUAAUGACGUUUAUCAGAACCUUCAAACAAUUAUAUUUACCUGAGGACAAAGCUCGAGACUUCUUCAGACAACUUGUAUCUGCAGUGCACUAUCUUCACGAAAGGGGAGUUGCACACAGGGAUUUAAAAAUGGAAAACAUCAUGUUGGAUGAGAAGAAAAAGAAUAUCAAAAUAGUUGAUUUUGGACUUAGUAAUACAUUUAACAAGGAUGAGCUGAUGAAGACGAGGUGUGGAUCUUUAGAGUACGCCGCCCCCGAACUGUUCCACCCAUCCGACAAGUACGGACCAGAAGUGGAUGUUUGGGCAAUAGGUGUCAUAACUUAUGCAAUGGUGAUAGGGAAACUUCCAUUCACAACACCAUACACCGAUCAGUACAGGAGACAAAAACUUCUCCAACAGGUGGAAAAAGGGGUCACGGAGGUUCAACUCAAGGAGAUGUGUAAUCUCAGUGAAGAACUAAAGCAGUUACUGUGUAAGCUGUUGGAGCCUAACCCCAGUCAUCGUCUGCCUCUGAUGGAUGUAGAGAUUCACCCCUGGGUGACUUGUGAUGCCAAAAUGCCUUUCUACCCAUUUCAUGCCUUUCCCAGGGACAAACUGCUCAAGUCCCAGGAAGCCAUUUUAGAAGAGUUAGAAAAUGAGGUAAUUGAUGAGUUAUCAGAAAUGAUGGAAAUGAAUAAGGAGCAAGUGGAGAAAACUGUUCAUGAAAGUAAAUGUGAUGAACUGUCAGCCAUGUUUAACAUGAUGAUGGACAAUAAAAGGAAAGAUAAAGGAGUAUUUGACCUAGACUACACAAGCUUUCAUGAAAAAAGAAGAGAAAAAAGAGAAUCUAAAGUCCAGGAUGAAUGCCAAACUGCCAACCACACCCAUAGCUUACCACAUAUAGAAGCUCGAAGGGGAACUCCCAAAAAGGACUGCUUCCAUAGUUUACCACUGCUAGGAGUCAGCAUGCGUUUGAAACACAUGGCUAAAAAGAAUACUGAAUAUUUACAUUCACCACUUCCAUCUGCUACAUCUGAGGCUGAAUCUGUUCCACACUCCACAGAAAACUUGGCUCACACUCAGGGAAUUCCUGGACAAGACAACCCCAAUCUGUUGUCACCGGGUCAGGUCCAGCCCUACAACCGACGCUCACUCCGGCGGAGGUCCUCAAAGAGGAGGCAGGGUCCUCGGUCCAGUUCCUAUGGCCCGGGCCACAGGAGGGCUGGAAGCAUGAAGGAACAUACCAGUUCCUCCCAACCCAACAGUCCGGUAAUGCUUGUUAACCCCGAAAUCAAGAUCGACCCUCCAAUUAGUGCAAAUCAAACUCCAAGGUCUGACACCAUUGAACUCCACGGUGAAUCUGUGACACUAUUAGUGCCCGGCCAGAAACAGCACAGAUCAUGUAUUGAUGUGAUGGACGAUUCCUGGCAUGACGAGAGUGAUCAGAAUUACUCAGAUGCUUCCUGUCCAAAUUCUGCAAGUUACCUUCACUCAGAAGAAAUAGUUCCUGUGACAAUUAGCAAAACCACUACAUCCACUGCUGAAGUCCAUUCCAGGCAAUCAAAACAUCCGUUGUUAGAGGCUGUGCAUCAAGACUCAGUGGAAGCAAAAAUUGCUUCUGCAGACAUCAAAGCCAUUGUGAGACCUAAAAACAAGUUGAUCUCUCCAUCUAAGAAUGGGCAGAUUCAAACUGCAGUAGAUCAUCUUGCAAAGAGUGAAAAAGAGUGCAAUUAUUCCUCUUCUGGUUCUUGUGAUGAAAAUUAUUCUUCUAUGCAAAAGAGUGACAUUCAGGUAUUGUCAGAAAGUGAUAGUCACGAUGAAGCUUGUGGGGGAUUUGACAAAGUGGAUGGAAAUUCUCCCAGCAUGCCUCAGGAUGUAGGAAUUGUAUGUCUUUCAGAUGUGGAGUGUUCAGAGGAUCAGUCGGAUAGUAAAACCAAUUUGUUGGAUGUAGUGAAUCCGAGUUCUGUGGUGAAGGAAAUCCAUCAUCCACUGAAAGGGAGGAGGAUUAAUUCAAAAGAUCAAAUUGUGACAAAAACUACCAUGAAGGACCUAAAUCCUAGCAAAUUAUGCACACCUCAAAAGCUUGAAUUGAAAUUGCCAGUGGUGAAAAAUUUCCCCAGUGUACAAAGUGUUCAUGCCAAAGAUAUUGCCAAUAAUGCCAGUAGUGAUGUGAAUGUACCAGAGUCUUCUAUUCAACCAAAUCUUCCAGAGGACAAGCUUAGUCCCUUAACUCCAUCAGAAAGCUAUUCAAAACACUUGUAUAAGUUUGCUAUGCCCAAUACCCCAACUAGAAACAUGUUCAAAACCCCUCUUGCUCGCAUAGAGAGCUUCCAUAGUGACGACUUUGAUUUCUUACUUUCCAACACUGAAUUAAAAUCUACAGCCACAACUCCUUCCAGCUGUGUGCAGACGCCUACCUUGCCAUGUUUUGGCUACAAACUCAACCUGAAAAAGAAAAAUGCAAAAUUAAAGUCUAAUAAAACCAAGCAAAAAUCCUCCCUUUCAAAUUUGCAAGGAAGUCCAAAAUAUGCAAACGAGGAAUCAGAGGUCCAAGAAUGUCAGAGUAAUUCUGUGGACCCUUUAUCUGCUGGUGCUGGGAAUGACCAAACUAAAGCAGAUGAUGGAUUGGACAAAGGGUCAACAGUCAGUAGAGCCAAAAUACAUCCAAUGAACAAGGAAGAUCAGGAGACAGAAUUAUUAGUCAAAGGAUCCAAGAUUACCCAGUCAAACCAGAAGAAUCGAUGCUUGACCAAUACUGACAGUACUGACAAUGACAUCAAGGGAAAGAAUACCCAGAACUGUUCUGACAAAAAUGGUAAACACAACACAGAGAGCAAAAAGUUUAUCAAAUGUUCACCGUGGAAGCAUGGCUUUGUACAGUUUUUAAGGAAGAAGAAACCAAGUCAUACUCAUCGCAGUCAAAACAACAACGACUCUGUGCAUUCCAAUCACCAUGUGGACUCACGCAAUGGGCAUGCUCGAAUGGCGUGUAACAGUGCUCUCCUUCGACCUAACCCUGACGACAGCAGCAGUGAAAUGGAGACUGCCUUCUCUCCUUCCCCUAUCCCUGUGUUUUCUG